CAGCCGACAUGUGGGAAUUCAGGUCCGUGAAUUUUUGGCGGGCCGUCUUCGCAGAAUUCUUCGGAACCAUGUUCUUCGUCUUCUUCGGCAUGGGCGCGGCCCUGCGUUGGACCGCGGGCCCUCAGCACGUCCUCCACGUGGCGCUGUGCUUCGGCCUGGCCGCGGCCACUCUGGUCCAGUGCGUGGGCCACGUCAGCGGGGGCCACAUCAACCCCGCCGUCACCUUCGCCUACCUGGUGGGUUCGCAGAUGUCUUUCUUCCGUGCCGUCUUCUACAUGGCCGCCCAGUGCCUGGGCGCCCUGGCCGGGGCCGCCGUGCUCUACGGGGUCACCCCGGGCAACAUGAGGGGCAACAUGGCCAUGAACACGCUGCAGCCGGGCAUCAGUCUAACCACGGCCACCACCGUGGAGGUGUUCCUCACCAUGCAGCUGGUCGUGUGCAUCUUUGCUGUGACAGAUGAGAGGAGAAACGGACGCCUGGGCUCCGCCGCCCUCUCCAUCGGCUUCUCCGUCACCAUCGGACAUCUGAUGGGGAUGUACUACACUGGGGCGGGAAUGAACCCCGCCAGGUCUUUUGCCCCUGCCAUGCUGUUCAGAAACUUCAUCAACCACUGGGUNUACUGGGUGGGGCCGAUGAUCGGGGGGGCCAUGGGGGCGAUCCUCUACGACUUCAUGCUCUUCCCACGUAUGAGGGGCAUCGCAGAGCGACUGGCCACCCUGAAGGGCAGUCGAGCCCCGGAGAGUGAGGGCCAGCAGGACCCCCGCCGGGAGCCCAUCGAGCUGAAGACCCAAGCCUUAUAAACCUGCUCUGAGAGGCGCAGCGGGAGAAGAAGGAAAAGUCCUGAGCUCCGUCAACACUUCUUCACUCAACUUCCGGCUGGACUUCCGCUACACGUUCGACGUCACAAGUCUCCCCUGUCUCUCCUGAACUGUUUAAAAAAAAAAACAACAACAACAACAAACAGUUUCCACGUCACUUCCUUCAACAGAAAGACAAGU